AUGGCAUUGAUCCAGUUGUUGGAAAACAAGUAUGUUCGUUGGAUUAAGACGAAGCCAAAAUCAUUGGACCGGCAUCAAGAGGUGGUUAGAACUAUCGAGAAAUUCAUUGGGGAUGGGCGUCUUAUCGUGGUCAAAGAAGACAAACAAUCAGAUAAGACAAAUUCAGAUGCCAACAAUGAGAAAAAUCAAAGCGUAAAUGAGAUGCCAACUUCGGAAACCUCAAGUAUAGAAGUUGAGAGGUUCGUCAAACUUCCCGGUGUACCCAUCGAAGUUAUUCUCGCAAGUUCAUUCGCAAAACGAUUCUUAAAUUCAAAAGGUCUCUCACCCGAAGAUUGCGUAUUUUUCGAAGAAAUAUCAACAUAUGUUCUAAAGGCAAUUAGAAAAGAUUCGCUUGCUCGAUUAUAUAUUAAUGAUGGAAAAAAUAAGUCAAUAGACACUAAAGAGGAUAAAGUUAUUAAAGAUAAACUUUACGCCUUGAGUCGUGUGGGCGCCUUGAAACCAGGGGUGAAACAUGACACACUCGUAUUUAAUCCUGGUUGGCUAGAGGAAUUGGAAAAGGGAUAUGAUGAAUUUAUCACAAAGAAUCAAGACACUGAAGGCGUGACCGCGGGUGACGCCGAUGGGAUUGAUGAAACAG